AUGAAAUUAAUGAAAGAAUUGUCUAUGUUUAUAGAAAAAGAUGGAUAAAAAUUUAUAAAAGAAGGAAAAGCUCUUAUAUAAACUAAAAGAAUUGAAAAGAAAGAUGGAAAGUAAAUUGAAGAAGAAGUCUUCUAUAAUCCUGCUUAAAUUAUUAAUCGUGAUUUAACUGUUUUAGCUAUUGAUACAUUUUCAGAAAAUCGUUAACCAUUAACAAUUUUAGAUGCUUUAUCUGCUUCUGGAUUAAGAAGUGUUAGAUUUGCUUAAGAAAUAUAAAAUGUCAAAGAAAUAUAUGCUAAUGAUCUUUCUAUUGCUAGUUUAGCAUUAAUAGAUGAAAAUGUUAAACUUAAUAACAUUUAAAAUGUUAAAAUUUAUAAUAUGGAUGCUAAUAAAUUAAUGAAAGAAGAUAUUAAAUUUGAUGUAAUAGAUUUAGAUCCAUAUGGAACAGUUUGUCCUUUUUUAGAUUCAGCUAUUCAUUCUUGUAAUGAUUCAUUAUUAUGUAUUACAUGUACAGAUAGUCGAGUAUUAUGUGGUCCAGAUACAUAAAAAUGUUUUGCUGUAUGAUUAUUUAUAAUAUAAAAGUAAUAUGGUACAGCUAGAACUAAAAUGAAUUGUUUUGCUGAAAAUGGAUUAAGAACUUUAUUAUAUACAGUUAGUUAAACAGCAGGAAGAUUAGGUAAAGCAAUUAGACCAUUAAUUUCAUUUUAUGGAGAAUUUUAUCUAAGAAUAUUUGUUUAAGUUAUUAAAGAUAAAGUAGAAACACAUAAAAUGUUCUCAUAAAUUGGAAAUAUUUUUUUAUGCGGAUCUUGUUAAUCAUUUCAUGUUUAUCCAUAUGGAUAAAAGGAGGAUAAAGGAUAUAAAAUCAAUAAAAAACCUAUUCCAUCAAAAUGCGAAGUUUGUGGAAGUUUAUUUAAAAUUAACGGUCCUGUUUGGAUAGAUUAAAUAAAUGAUAUUGAAUUUAUUAAAAAAAUGUUAAUAAAUCUAGAGACUAAACAUACUCAUUUUUAAACUUUUGAUAAAAUUAUGGGAAAAUUGACAGGAAUUGUAAAUUAAUCUGAAGUUUCUUGUUAUCCUUAUUCUUAUAAUAUGACUUAUUAAGCUUCUAAUUUAAAAUGUUCUAAUAUUAGUAAAAAAGAAAUUUUGUAAAAAUUUAUAAAAUAUUAUAUUAGUGCUGGAUUUUAAUCAUUAGGUUUUAAAAUAGCUUAAUGUUAUCUCUAAGUUGAUCUUUAUAAGACAAAUGCCCCAAAUUAAGCAAUUUAUGAUAUAAUAAAAACUUGGGUAAAAUAUAAAAAUAUAAUAAAAGAAAAAAAUGAAAUAUGGUGAAAAUUACUUAAAGAAUAUUGAAGAAAAUACACCAGCUUAUACUAUUUUGAAUUCUGAAACAUAAUUUAUACCAGAUUUUACUUUUAAACCAGUUUUCAGUUCUGCCAAGAUGUUUUAUCCAAAUUAAGAAGGUUUUGGUCCAAAAUCAAAAGCUAUUUAAAGGUAUUUUAAUAUAAAAAUACAUUAAUAGAAAAGUUAUUGAAUUAGAAGAAGAAUAGACAUCUAAAAAAUAAAAAAUUGAUUGAAAAUAUAUUAUCAUAAUAAGGAAACUAUAAUGAAAUAUACAAUAUAUAUUGGAAUCAUAGU